AUGCUUCAAUCCAAUACUGGCUCUACGUCGUUCAAGCUUCAGCCUGCCCCUCGACCCAGAUGCAAGAAACGCGUUCGAGACGCGCCUGCGACUCUCACUGAGGAUGCAACGGGCUGCUCGGAAAUCCACACGUUUCGGUCCUGUUUCGAAGACGAUCAAGAUGACAAUGAGCAGAUGCUCACUCCCAAAGCGUCCGACUUGAAUGCUUCGCUUCUGCAACACGAGGUUGCUGGUACCAUUCGUUCUCCCUCGCGUCAUAGUCGAUCCUCCACCACGUCCAAUGCUUGCUCGUGGCGAACAACCAGUUCGGUCGCACGUCUUCUUUCGGCGAUAUCGCUCCCCAUCUCUCCUGUUGACAAACAUUCGGCGUCUUGCACCCGUUCGCCCUCAGCUACGGUGCACUUUGUGCUGAGCAACAAAUCUCCUACUCCAUCCUCACCCUUGUUCCCACGACGGACGCUGAUGCGAAGUGUAUCGUCUACUUGCGUUGGUGCUACGUUGUUAUCGCCAGCUUCGCCUCGGUCGCCCAGUGGAGCUCUGCGUAAACGCAUGGGUUGGAGAGGCAUGAGUGCCGCCAAGGUGCAGGAUGAGCUGGCGAUUUCCAUGUCGCCAGCAAGUCCGCUCACGCCGCGUCGGGCGGAGGCGCUGCAUACGCCGACGCAGGCGAGCAUUGACGCGGUGCUGGCACCGGGUGCGGACGACAAGUUGGACCAGGAAUUCUUGGAGCCAUUGAGUGCGACGUUGAAGGCGUUGGGAGCCAAGCGCAGGACGGAAAGGUUCGCGUCGUCAUGCGUGCUCGAUGUGGCUGCAUCACGCGGACCUGUACCGGUCGAGUUGGCACGCAAAUGUGCACCUGAAAGCGGCGCUGAUUCCAACACCGGUAUCACGGAGCCAUUCCAGCUUAUGACAGCGACAAGAAACAUCUUUCACCUACCCACUUGGGUGCGGUUCCAGACCAACCACCAUGCACGUUGUGACCUUGUGAGGGACAACCGUAGAGCCGUCACCGAAUACUCGAUACUCGACCGAAUCGCUCGCACAAGCACACCAGAAUGCGACCAACAAGUAGUUGCAGUGUUGCCCAAAACAAGUCAUCUCGGCGAUACACAACCUGCCAGUCCAAACGGACACCUACUUACCGGGUUCGAGCCGGAUACUGUCACGCCAGACACGCUCCCUUCAGCGCCGCUGGCAGUGCACAAUGCGAAGCACCGCGCAUCGCAGUAUAUCACUAGCGUUGUUCAAACACCCAGCAUGGCCAAGUUCCGCGAAAUGGAGGUACCAACGCACGAGCACACCAAGAGCAAGUCAGGCGCCACGAGCAACGGAGGAUUCGUCGGUGCAUUCCGCAGCGUUUUGCCGGCGUUGCGAACAGCGCGUCGGAAAAAGGCUUCAGCUGUGCAGGAGGAUAGAGACAGAAAUCGACGCGAUGGUUGGGGUGGCAUCGUGACGAGGUGCAGCUGGUUUCCCAGUCAGACAAUCAAAGGUCCUCUUGCGAGUCCGACAAAGUCGGAUGCGCACUUGAAGACAAUGCUUCUGCUGCCACGAGGCGAAAAGCGUUGGUCGACAGAAGAAGAGUGGGAGGAUCUUGUUGAAUCGUCUAGCUGUGCUUCGGCGACGGCGAGUGCGCGCGAAAGGUCGUUUUUGGAGCUUCACGACGAGCCUCGAUUUCGUGUUGGCAGGCGGCUACAAAGUUGGCUUGCUUUUCGUACGCACACGCCGCUUAGAGAUGAUCAGAUGCAAUCAUGGUAUACUGGACCACUCUCACUUUCGACCACAGCCUCAGCCUCAGCCUCUGCCUCAGCCUCUGCCACGCGCGCCGAGGUAGUCGCAAGUGAGCUCAUCACCAAGCGCAGCGGGAGCGUGGAAAAUCGUCCUCUAUCCACGCCCAAAAGCACAUCGACGCGUUCGAGAAUCGCUGUCGUCGUCAUCGUCGCCAUCUGCCUCUCAGCAGUGGUCGCAAAUCUCGUCGUUCUCAGCCGAGCUUCUAGUGCGCCAUCCAGCACCAUCAUUCACAACUCAACCUCAAGCUACGAUCCCCUAUUCGGCAAUCGUAACGGAAUCAUGCCGAAGCCUUCGAAUCUCGUACCCACACCCGCGCUCACCUCGACCGUCAUUACAGCUGCCAAAUUGUCCGAGCGUUAA